UACAUAAAAGGAAAUACAAUGCACAUUGACAAGAUGAAACGCACUGACUUGAAAAUUCUUUAGUUUCCAAGUGACGUCUCCUCGUUCUCACUUUCCUGAUUCGGUAACUUCUUCGUCCGUUUCUGGCCACCGCCCGCCCUCAACCUCAUCUCAGUCAGACGCUCGCCCCGAUUCAUUCUUUGUAGCGGUCUGUACCGCACGCGUUAAGUGGCUGGAAACAUAUAUCAUAAAAAAGUUUAAAAGCGAACUAUUGAGUUUGUAUGUUCAUCGGAGGAAUACGUUUCUGGAUUUUACACUUUCGACAGUAUUUUCUGUUGUGAAAUAGUUUCUUCGGGCUUAAACUGCUACCCUGUUCAGAGGAAGCUGCACCUGGAUGGAGCCGCAAGAGACGUUCAAGCCCGGGUAAUGGAGGGAUAAGUGGAUUGAAGGAAGAGGACAAAGAGGAGGGAGGAGAAGACAAGAGAGAGCAGGGCCUAAUCCAGGACGGGACCAUUUCCUAAGUGGCCCCAUUUCUUUUUUGAAGGCAGACAGUGAAACACAGCGUUGAUUAUUACAUUCAAUUUAUAGCCUUUGUCGUACAAGAACAUUUCAUCUUGUUUGUUUUCUUUUCUUUGUUUUUUUUUUUUUGCUCAGAAUCUUUCAAAGGGGAGUUCAGGCUGAGUCGUCAAACUCUGAACAAAGCAGAAAAACCCACCAAGUCAGGAGAAAAAAAUAAACAGGAAAAGAAGAGAUACCAGGAUGUCCUGUGGUUCUACAGGGUCUUGCACGGAGAACCUCGACAGUAGCCAAAUUGCCUAGGGGGACCCUCUCCUAAGACCCACAGUAACUCCACAGUAACUCUUGCUUCAGAAAACCACUGCUAGGAGUGUGUAGUUCACUAUUCACUGCUCACAAGUGUCCGUGCACAGUCGUUUGGAUAUCCGGCCUUUUAUUGAAAAUAGAACCUGGAUUGAAACACAACGUCAGUACAUUGAUACUUGACCGUAGCAGUCAAAGCACAAAUGGUGUGUUUUGCUGGCCUUACUUAGUUUACCUGAGUUUAAGAGGCCUACCACAGAAAAUAACCUGUUCUUUGUGCAUUUGAAAGGGUGUAGUCAGUUGUUUUAAACCUGACCUAAGUCCACGUGUUUCAUUAAUAACAGGUUUAUAAACCGAAAUACCCGUGUGGUAGAUUUUCCAUUGUAGAGAGCUCUUAAAAGGAGCGGCUGCUUGUUAAUGUGUACCACUUGAUAAAACGUUUCACAGGAAAUAUCCAUUACUCUCCCAGUUCAGAAUAACAAACUUGAACCACGUUUCUCUGGUGGCUUGUCAACAGACAGAACAUUUUCUUUGAUAAAGUGUGCUUGCAGACUGCCUUAUCUUAAUAUUUUAAGUAUCUUGUGAGCUUUUGGCUAAAAAUAAAGCAAUGUUUAAUCUGGUGGAACAUGCUUCAGAUAUUUGUAAACAAGGGCACGGCCUGCCGUUCGGGGCAUGUCCGUGCUGGUGAGAAGGGGGACCCUGCUUCUCCAUCCAGACAAAGAGCUUUGAAAAUUUUUGAAAUCUUUCAUCUGAAGAGACCUAUAGAUUUGGUAGCGGGCAUGUUGUAACACAAUCGAAGAAAGGGGACCGAGAGAGAUAACUUGAAACCGUCUUCUUACAUUUGCCAAAAAAAAAAACAAAAAAAAACUCUGACAAAGCUUGUGGACAAUAAUCUGAGUAGUGGGACUGGAGCAGCUUUUUGUAUAAACGAGGAGGUUCUUUACAAUAUGAACUGGCUCUGGAAACCCGGCAUGAGAGAAACAACUGCCAGCUCUGUGCGUGUUUGACUGAUAUAGUCCCUCAAAGAUUUUUUUGCCAACAUGUAAUUUUGGCCACCGAGUGGAAUUUCAAAGCAAGCCAGUUAGUAGUUGCGGGGGAAGGUGUAUUUUUAUGAAUAUGGCACGGAGAAAUUAUACUUGGAUGCACUAUGCAUUCAGACCACAAGCAUGAAGCAUAAUUAAUUCUUUUACCUUACCGAAGGGUCAUUUUAUUCUAAUUAUAAGCCUGUUUAUGACGCAAAAUGAACAAUCUGUUCUAAAUAAGGCCAGAAGGGUUCCAGUCGCUGACCACAAGAGCGUGUGCAGCCGUGGAGGAAUUUAUAUCUGAACUGAUGUCCUGUAAACCAAAACCCAAAACAACUGCAGAACCCAGAAUCUCUGGCCACAUGCACUGUUUUUCAGGGACCGGGGAUGUAUAAUUUCUAUUCUGUUUUAUUAUGACUGAAAUAUGGCAGCGCCGGACGAACAGAACCAAUCAAAACGGACCUACGACUGCAUGUGAGCUAAAAGGAGAAUUCCAGUAAACUGCACCCUGGCGUGGUUCUGCCGCCACAGCGAAGCGGAGGAACUGUGAGACGGACAUCGAGCGGCUCUGAAUGCCGUUUCGGGUUUGAGGAACAGCGUUCGCAUCUUGAGAUCGCCGUUUUCAAUCGCAAAAACAUUUUGACUGCGACACACAGGGCUUCUGAAAACUAGACGGGAAACGAAGGCCUGGGUCACACAACUGCCGCAAGUAUUUGAACUUACAUCCAAAGCGUCUGAGGAGCGAAUACUUUUAGCUUCUUUCUCAAAGCAUGUAGAGAGGCUUUUCGGGUUACCUGUACGUGAAAGCAAAUUGAGUAUUUUCCCUCCCUCUUUCAUUGGAAUCGAAGGCAUUUGAAACACGUUUUUUUUUUGGGGGGGUAACCGACCGCUCCUCUCGCCAUGAGUCUGGGAAAGCUCCCGGGGAUUAAGGGCCUGGUGUCCUCCUCCCAGAGGAAGAGGCGCUUUAAGAGGGACCUCACCGCGGACAUGAUCAGCCCCCCGAUGGGCGACUUCCGCCACACCAUGCACGUGGGCCGCGGGGGCGAAGUGUUCGGCGACACCUCCUUCCUCAGCAACCACGGCGGGACGGGGAACGGGGGCGCUCCGGGGGACCCCGAGGACUCCCCCUCCGCCAAGACGGCCGGCUUCUUCUCCCGCACCCUGCGGCACGUCCGCAAGACGCCGACCCUCCCUAGGGCCGGGCCCCCGGGCCUCUCCCCGCCUCCCCCCGCCGUCUCCCCCAUCGUCAAGAACGCCGUCUCGCUGCCGCGGCUGGACGUCGACGCUCCCAACGGCAGACUGCAGAGGGCGCUCUUCCCCAGCUCGCCCAGCCCCCCGGAGGACUCCACCUGCAUCUAUGGCGUGGAAUCCGGCUUCGUCACCUUGCCCCGCCUCUCUCGGGCCGACGGCUCCGGAACCUUCCGCUCGGAAUUCCGCCGCAGCUCGGUGCCGGACGACGGCGUCUUCCCGCUGCUGCACUGCGACUCCAUGACCUCGUUCACGGUGGACCUGGGGCCCUCCCUGAUGAGCGAGGUUUUCGGCCUGAUUGACUGCCCCGGCGGCGGCCAUGACGCCUGUCGCGGCUGGGGGAAAGAGGACGGGCAGGAGGAGGAGGAAGAAGAGAAGGUGCCCUCUUCACCCGUAAGUCACGUGACCUACCCAGCGAGCACCCCGGUGGCAGGCUCUCUGCUGAGGGAGGAUUUGAACAUGCGAGGAUUCGGCCUUCGUGGCAGAGAGUGGGAGGGGCUGGAGGGGGAUCUGACCCAAAGGGCCGUCCCAGAUGUGCUGAUGGGGUCCACGGCGAGGGCGGAGCCAGGUAUGGAGCCAGUGAGGUUCAAAAUGGCUGCCAGCGUGCUGGCACGCCAUUACAGUGGUGGUGGAGUUUUGAACGGAAAACAGGAGGCCGUCGGUUGGGACAUUCGACAGUUCAGCCCCGAUACUGCGGACUCCACUGGACGUGCCAAGAGGAGAGGGCCUCGUGCCUAUGCUGUGGAAGAGGAUGAAAUAAAGGUGUAAAAAAAUAGGCAAAGCAAGUCCUUUGACAGAAGCUGUUAUGCAUACAAUUAUAUCAUUAUGGCCAUGUGAAUGAAUGUCCUUUGUGUAUGUGUAUGUGUGAGAACCUGUUGACUCACUAGUAGGUUUCCAGAGGGUCUAGGUCCUGGAUAAUCCUCAAACCUGGCAGAAAUGUUUCUACAUCUUAUAAUACAUUGUAUCAAUGAAUCUUAACAUAUGAAAUCCUGUGCAAGCUUAUGGCCUAUCCAUUAGGCAUACAGUGUUAGCACCCGGACAUAGGAAAUAUGAUAGUCAGAGAAAACAAAAUGACCGUGUCUCAAGAUGGCCGCUUGUUAAGAUGACAGAUAAGACUCUUUGUCCAGAAUUGCCCCCCAUCCUCGUCAUUUUAAGAGCUGUCAUUUUUACAAUACUGAAAAAUGCUGUGCAAAACCAAUAAAAAUUAAGAGGAGGCACUACACCAAGGGACACAUUUGAGAACCUGGGGAAGGACACUGAUUGGCUAAGAGUCAACUUAUGGCAAUUGGGAAUAGAAAAAAAAUGUACACCACAAAAAAAAGAACUGAAUUGAUGCAGCUGUAUAUUUUGGACACAUAUCGAAAUUAUAAUAGAAACACAGACGUGGAGAGAUUUAUUCUUUAUUCUGAAACACUGACCCUUGGUACAUGGCAUCUUCUCAAUAUCAACACACCCUCUACAAAAACACGUGAAGCCACAGAGCUGCCCUGGAGCUCAGCAUUACUGCUGAACUCUUUAACUUGGGCGGGGCACGGGCGUCCAUUUCUGACCUGGCGUCUCCGAACGGCCACUCAGUCCUCACUAAAUAAAAACACCCUUAUGUAACUGCAGAAAAGAGGAACGGUUUGAAUAUGAAUAGAUGCCCAGCAUGAAUGAGCAUAAAUGAUUCUGCAGGGAUUAAUGAAUGACAAAUAUUGCAGGUGCCACAAAGACUGAAGAAGAAAAGGAAUCACGCUGAGCGUUUUUUAUUUUAUGGAAUUCUUGCUACGUGAUGCAUAUUGGACCUUGAGCAAGUGAGAGGAACACGGACUGAAUGAAAUAGGGAAAUUAAACAGAUUUUGUUUGUACAUAUUUGUCAGCAUUAAUAUAUUUUUCCAUGUUAUAGGAAUAUUAUGCAUGUUUUGUUGUGCUAUGCAUCUGACACACUCAGUUCCCGUCUUAGUUUGCGUGGAGUUAAAGUGAAACAUUGCAGGGCUUAUAAAUUCCACAGUUCUGUUCCAGCCAAACCUUGUGCAAUCAUACUUUAUCCUUUCUGCUUCCUCUCAAUAGCCGAGACACUAAGUUUUAUUUUAAAGAGCCCUUACGUUUGUUACAUGUGCCUUGUUAAUGUUAAUAACAAAGAAACGAAAGCUAACAUCUUAAGCAAAACGUUGUGGGCAGCCUUCUGGUGACCGUGGUAACCAGCAUCUCCAAUACAAGGAGCUAUGCCUUUAACAGUCACAGUAUGAUUAAGUCAAAGUUAGACAGUCUAGUUAUGAGUUUUGUUCCCUUUAUAGUGGUAUAUAUAUAUAUAUAUAUAUAUAUAUAUAUGUGUACACACACACACACACACACACACACACACACACACACCCACGUGUGUAUGUAUGUAAAUCAUGUAUAUGUACAAUACAAAUGUAUGUGGUGCACUUAAAAUAGUAACAAUUAUACUGUGUGAUGAGUACAAUAAAAAAAAUAUAUUGUUUUUAA